AUGGCGGAGAGAGAAAAGUCAACAAAACCAAAGCACCGACAGAAAAGGGCGGACAGCACUUUCCUGGCGCCCGGCGUCGACUCCACCGCCGGCGGCAACAAGCCGCUGAAGUACCGUCAGAUAUGUGUGAACAACAGCACGUUUGAAACGUCCAGCGUCGUCGACGUCAGCACCGUCGAAGAGAAGCUGUUCGGCCGCGCGGAGGAGCCGGAGGAGGAGGACGACGGACCCGUGGUCUUCAUCUGCGGCAAGUGCAAGUUACCCGUCGGCGACUCGCUGUCCUGGGACGGAUGCGAGGACGGACAGAACCAGAUCCGACUCAAACGGGUCACUGAAAACGUCCUGGUUGGAGAAGACAAUCGACUGUAUGAAGCGGGCAAAAACUCUCCCUGUCUGAUCAUGGAUCUCUUCUGUCAAGCCUGCAACUCUGUGCUUGGCAUGAUUUAUACAUCCACGCCGAAGAACCUGGACUACAAGAGAUUUGCGUUCUUUUUCAAUGUGAAAGACAUCGACAGCUAUGUGCUGGGCUCGGCGAGCCAGAUGUUGGCAGCAGAGGGCCCCAAAGAGCUGCCGGUCACGCUGGAGUACAGAGGCGUCCUUGAACAACAGUUAACGGAGAUGAAGAUGCUGGUCAUGUCCAUGGCACAGAGGCUGGAGGCGAUCGAAGUUGGCAUUCAGGACGGAUAUGAUGAGGUGUGACGGCGAUGGAACGUCAACCCGGAUGCAUGGGUGGGUCCAGGUGUUGAACUCUAACAUCCUCAUUCCUCCUCGCCAUUACCGUAACAUAAAUUAAUUCCGCCUCUUUAAGUUUCAUCUGAACGACAUUCCCCUCAGUUGCACGUUUUUGUCCUAGCCUCUUGUGCACAAACGCAACACACACACACACGCGCACGCAGAGCAUCUGCUUUGUUCUGAUUACCGAUGGUGAAACAAAGACCGCCUGCGCUUGUAAUCAAUCACCGUGUCAGCUCGGCUCGAAGGCACCAUCUUUUUCUGUGUGUCUCGGCGCAGAGUGAGUGUGCGCGCGCGCUGAGAGCAGAAUGUUUAUUUGUGCAGGAUUUCAUCAGGCAGGCUGCACACUCAGCACUACGCCGUAUCGAUCGGGCCACUCGAGGCCACGAGCACUUUUCUUUGUUCUCUUCCUCGACACAGGAUUUCUGGGAUAAUAUGCUUUUAAUCGUCAGAAUGGAACAACACUGAAUUUGUAUGGACACAUUUAAAAAAAACUAAAACAAAAACAAAAAACGACACCCCCUCUUUAAUAUUGACUGCAUCCCAUUAUUGAUUAGCUUUGGAAAAAAAAGACUUUCUUUCAAAUAUUGGACAUUUUGCUUCUCUUCAUUUGUUGUCGUCAAAACGGUUUGUUUGUUAUUUUUCUAUGUCCACAGUUGUUCAAGCUUGUUUUAUCUCAUGUAUUCUUUUGUGUGUGUAAUAAAAAAUUCACCUGUUUCCAGAAUGA